AUGGCAGCGUCGGAGCUGUUCCAGAGCUACGAGUCGGACUACACGCAGCUAGCGAGCACGAUCAGGCAGAAGCUCGACAAGGAUGCCAAGGAACAACGAGGCGAGCAGCGCAAAGCGACGCUGAGACGGGUAGAGAUGGAAGUCGAAGAGGCGGACGAGAUUAUUGAUCAGAUGGACAUUGAAGCUCGUCAGACGACAGACAAGAACGUCAAACAGCGUCUCCAGGUCAAGCUGCGAUCGUACAAGAACGAUCUCGAACGCUGGCGCAAUGAGGCUAAGAAGCUCGCGAGCACAGCAGAUCGAGAGGCUCUGUUAGCCGGCUCAUCUCAGCAUCGAGCCAUCUCUCCCUCAAACGAGUCCGAUGCGUCUGAUCAGGGGGCAUCCCAGGCCGGCCUAUCGCAAGCGCAAGCUCAACGUGCCCGACUACUCAACGGCACAGACAAGCUCACCGACGGUCAGAGACGACUGGACGAGUCACAUAGGAUCGCACUCGAGACUGAAUCCCUCGGAACGAACAUCCUUGGCAAUCUGAGGACUCAGCGCGAGCAGAUUGAGAACACGCGAGAUACGCUGUACACCGCUGAUAAUUCGAUCGACAAGGCAAGCAACACGCUAAAGAAGAUGGUCCGCACGAUGUACCAGCAACGUUUUGUCACGAUCGCCAUCAUCAUCGUCCUCGUCUUUCUCAUCGCAAUUGUGCUCUAUAGCAAAUUCAGCUGAGCUUCUCGCACUUGUACCAACACUUGCGGUUCUGUAAUGUCAACAUGUACAACGUCGUUCCUAUUCUCUAAUUUUGCACUACACUGUUGCUGGCUCUGCGCCUGGCUGAUCAGUCUCAAGCGGUAGCCCAGUAUCCGCAGCAGCCGCCGCCGUAGGCGUGGUUCUGUUCUGCGAAAUUUUGCCAUGCUGGCUAGCAUGACGUUCUUUUGCAAGCUGCUUGUUGAGCCGCUUGCUUUCCCGCUUUUCCUUGUGCUUUGCAGCCUUUUCUGCGUGAGCCUCACAAAGAGCAUAUGCUUCUUCAUCCGAUGUAGCGCCUUCUUUGGGCACUCUGGAACAGCAAGCCGCGCAAGUGCCUUUGGAG